AUGGACAGAAAGUAUAAAUCUUAUGACACAAUUGUGGAUUUGUACUACAAUAGAGACAUUGUGAUUGGCAUGAGUACUGAUGAAACAAUUGUAUGUGAGGGGGAGAUUGAGAAGAACAAUAUGGUAGUAAAAAAAAAUAAAAAGAACGGAUUUCGAACGAUCCGAAAUGUUAUGAGGGAAAAGGACCUCAAACAUCCUAACCUCAUAGAAAUUGUCGAUGUGUGGACAUGUAGAAAGUAUGUCCAUAUCAGUAUGGAAUACUGUAGUUGUAACUUUGAAGAAAUGAUUAAAAGAGAUGAAACUUUGCGCUUAGAGAAUGGACAUCCAUCUCACAAGCUAAUUUCGAUAUUCAUACAAAUACUGUGUGUUGUUGAUUUUCUGCACAACAAAGAUUAUAAGGGUAAAAUUGAAGGGGAAGUUCAUGGAUGUCAAAUAACUCAUCUCAUUAAUAAACUAGGGGAUCAUUCUAAAGAGUCAAGAUGGACGGCAUUGAAUGCACUCUCCCCAUCCCAUAUUUUGGAAUUGAGAGAAGAGACUCGAGUUUUGGACCACUCUGGCAGACGUUAG